AUGCUCAGUGUCAUUUAUGGGGACAGCCCGAGGAGGAGCGGAAGGUUCGGGCGGCGGAAAGUGUCUGUGAGACAAGUUGAACAGCCUGAACAAACAUUGCACCUUUCACAGUGCAGUGUAGUGUAUGUAGACAAGGCUCCAAACAAUUUGUCCAACCUGGAGAGACCCAAGGAUACCCAUGGCAUUGAUAAACCAUGGAAAUGUGUAGACUGUGGAAAGGGAUUCAGUUAUCCAUCUGAGCUUGAAAUUCAUCGACGCAGUCACACUGGGGAGAGACCAUUCACCUGCUCUACUUGUGGGAAGGGAUUCACUCAGUCAUCCAGUCUGUUGACACACCAGUAUGUUCACACUGAGCAACGACCUUUUAAAUGUUCUCAUUGUGAGAAGAAAUUUAAAAGCAAGAAGUAUCUACUGAGACAUCAACUCAUUCACAGUGGGGAGAAGCCUUUCAGCUGCUCUGCGUGUGGGAAGAGAUUCACUGCUUCUUCAAACCUACAGAAACACCAACGAGUUCACACUGAUGUGAGACCUUUUAAAUGCCCAGACUGUGGGAAAUGCUUUAAAAGUUCUGGGGAAGUGACGUGCCAUCAACGUGUUCACACUGACGAGAGACCAUUCAGGUGCUCUCACUGUGGAACUGGAUUCAGGAGAUCAUCUGAACUCACUGUUCACCAGCGAACUCACACUGGAGAGAGACCGUUUACAUGUCCCAAGUGUGGAAAGGGAUUUGCUCAGUCAUACAACCUACUGAAACAUCAGCGUAUUCACUCUGAUGUAAAACCUUUUAAAUGUUCUGACUGUGAGGAGACGUUUAAAAGCAGCAAUGUUCUUAUGAGACACAAGCGAGUUCACACUGGAGAGCUGCCAUUUACCUGCUCUACGUGUGGGAAGAGAUUCACCCAGUUUUGCAACCUGCUGAAACACCAGCAUGUCCACACAGGGGACAGGCCAUUCACCUGCUCUAUGUGUGGGAUGGGAUUCACUCAAUUUUCCAACCUGCUACAGCACCAGCGAAUUCACGAGUGACUGGUGAGUCUGGAUUGUGCUGCUUGUCACGGCUGUCAAUUAUAUCCAGAAAUGAAUGUGUGGGUUAACACUUGAGGUGCAUAAGAAAUGUUUUUAAUCUGCUCUGUUCCACAGUUGAGCUCUAGAACACAAGCUGCUUCACAACUGUGUUCAGAGUCUGGAAAAUUAUGGAAAUUGAGAUUUAGUCCAGAAUUCACAAAUACCAAAAAUCCAGGGUAGAAGUCGUAGGUGAUUCGAAGCCAUUUCAUUAAUGAGCAGCAGUUUGGAUAUGAUACACAAGUUAAAUAGGCCCAAAAGACAGACAAACCAUGGUGGUGCAGUAGUAAUGUCACUGGACAAGUAUUACUCAGACCCAGUAUAAAGGUCUGGAGACCAGAAUUCAAAUUUCACCAAUUCUAGCUGCUGGAAAUUAAUCUCCGAUUUAUGAAUUGUAUUUGAAAGCCAAUUCCAGUGAUGGUAACUAUAAGAACUGUCGUUGAUUGCUUUUACAACAAAUCAGAUUCACUGCGAUUGUCACAGAAACCAUCAGGUUCACUGAUGUCUUUCAGAGGAAAAAAUUUCUGUCAUCCUCACCUGGUCUGGACUACACAUGACCCCAGAGCCAUUCUAAAAUGACCUCACAAACCUGUCAACUUAGAAGCAUUUAUGGCAUGGCCAACUGAUACUGGCUAUUCCAAUAAAACCCACAAUGCAAAGAAUCAUUUAGAAAUAACUCUGAUGCUAUGAGUAUCUGCACUUUCACCACUUCUUCCAUUGGUGCCAAGGUCCCAAGUACAUUGGGCUAUUUUCAAGAUAAUUUUCAAGAUAAUUGAGAUAUUAGCAUCUAAUAUAUUAGAAAUUCACCUGACUAUAAUAAAGCAAGUACGCUUUGCAAAUAGGAUAGUGUGGGAAAGAUAGCAAGGGAUCCUAAAAGCUGGUCAAGUUUCAAAUAAAAUGUACUACAGCUUCAAAGUAAAAGCUGCUGUGUAAGCUAAAACAGAGAUGUCAAUGAAAUAAAUGACAACAUGCAAUGUAGCAAUCUUGCAAUAAGAGGAUCACAGAAUAAUGGACAUGCAAAAUGGAUGAGUGACCUGCUAUGUGUAUUUCCCCUUUAUGUUAAUGGGUCACUUCCUGGAACAUCCUUCUCAACAGCCUUGUGGGUCUACCCACAGCACAUGGUCUGCAACAGUUUGAAAAGGCAGCUCACUAUCACCUUCUCAAGAGCAACUAGGAUGGGCAAUAAAUGCUGACCAGCCAGCAGCACCCACAUCCCACAGGUGGAUUUAAAAAAAAAUUGAUGAAGUAGUGUCAACAUUGAUCACAAACUGCAUCUGCAGAAGGCUGGGGUCAAUCAGAUAAGAGGCAGGUAAUCGACAAAUAAAUCCUCCUGAGAAAAAGUCAUGUGUUGAAGAUGAAUCAGAAAAUAAAGACCCAGAGAGAGACAGAGAAAGCUUGAAGAACAAAGGCUAUGCUAGAAAAGUUGUAAGAAGUCCUUUUGUGUGCUCUAUCCAUGUUGUUAACCCACACCAAACUGGAGAUCGCAGCCUUACUUAGUACUGAAACUUGCUUGAAGCUCAAUUGUCUUGCCUUAACUCUAUCUCAAAAUAGCUGAUUCACAAUCGAGUUCUGCAGUGAAGUCCACUCCUUCCCCAUCUAAAAUCAGACAUUGCUACUUGCUGAUCCAGGCUGGGAGAAAUUGGAUAGAUAUGCGUAUGUAGAAGAAAGGUCAAAAGAAUAUUCAGCGUAUCGAAGUAGUGAAAGUGAUUGUCCCAAAGAAGUCUCCCAAAACAGUGAUUAUUAAUAACCUUUUAAAUGAUGAGUGACCUGCUGUGCAUGCCCCCCCCCCCCCCACCACUUCUUUUGUUCAGGCUUUCAGUAUUUCUGACUUUUUGUUUUAAUCUCUGCUAAAUCAUUUUCUUGUUAUAACACUGAAAUCCAGAUGAUUUUAAGUCACUUUAAGUUGAUCCUUAUCAGUAGACAGGAGAUCUCAACUAGACCUAACUUUUUGCAGUAUGUGUUCUCAGGGGACUUGAUUUUGUCAAGACCCUGAAAGGUCAAACUAUGUCUCAAAGUUCAGAUUUGGGUCUUAAGCAUGGACUGUCAGAAACAUGUACAUGAGAACUGCACACUGGAGUACCAACCCUGACUUUAAUCUCUCUACCAUUUGGCUGUGCCUUCAGCUGCCAUGACACUAAGCUCUGGGAUUCCCUCCUUAAACCUCUCCACCUCUACUUCACUCUCCUGCUUGAAAUUGUUCCUUAUAAACCGUUCCUUUCAGGUGGCAUGUUAGCUCAGUGGUUAGCACUGCUGCCUCACAGGUCCAGGAACCCGGGUUCAAUUCCAGCCUUGGGUGACUGUCUGUGUGGAGUUUGCACAUUCUCCCUGCGUCUGCGUGGGUUUCCUCCGGGUGCUCCAGUUUUCUCCCACAGUCCAAAGAUGUGCAGGUCAGGUGAAUGGCCAUGCUAAAUUGUCCACAGUGUUAGGCGCAUAAUCAGAGGGAAAUGGGUCUAGGUGGGUUACUCUUCGGAGGGUCAAUGUGGGCUUGGUGGGCCGAAGGGCCUGUUUCCACACUGUAGGGAAUCUCAUCAAAUCUAAACAAUCUGUUUGGCCAAGAUUGGGUCCUAAUGCACCUGUGAAACUCCUUGUGACCAAUUUGUUACAUUAAUCGCUUGUUUUAAGUAUAACUUGUUGCAGUUAUUGUUUGAGUGAGUCUGUGUACAUGUAACUCAGGCACAACUUGUGUUGUAAUUCACUGAGAUUUGGUAGUCUAGUGAGUGAGUCUGUAUAAAUGUAACUCAGAUAUACACAGCUUAUUAGAACAGACCUGGAGAGAAGGAAUGAAUUUUUGAACUUUCUGUUCCUCACUAUUGGGAAAAACUGAUUCUUUCCAAAUAUUCAAAAUGACUAAUAAAGUUAUUAAAAAUAA